AUGUCCUCCUGGAAUAAAACAACAACAAAAGUGACCCGUGUGUAAACGUCACCAGCGUCACUGUCUCGCGCUCUGUUAACAUCGUAGUUAAAAUGAUUUCACAGAUAACAAACAGUGACAGUUGACAGUUUGUGAAUGAAUGAAUGAAUGAAUGAAUGAAUGUGUCCUCACCUGUAGCUGCAGCGGAUUUACCGCACUGGUGGACACUGACGGUGUCGCAUUUACAAGCGUCCGACGUGAAACACAACCUGUGGAACAUAGUUGUGUUUUUCCUUCCUUUGUUUACGCUUCACGUCAAAGUUUACGGAUGUAAAACAACAUUUAAACAUAAGUAGACAGAGUUUUGACUUAAAUCUCAUAAUUGUGUCAGAGACAUGUUACAUGAUGUGGCUCUAAACGUGUAAACGAUGACAAUCUACAUAAAGCAAGAAGAGGAAGAGGAUUAGGCCCACAUUUUCUCUCUCGGAUUUUUCUCUUUUUGGGAUUAAAAAGUCCGAAUGAAGAUGAAAAAAAACAACAACACUUUAUCCUGAUCACUGCACUCUUACACUCGUCCCUGUACAUCUGUAAUAUAAUGUCCUGAUAUUGUAUGAAUAGGUUUGCCUUUAUUUCAGUUUUCAGUUCCAAUAAAGCACAAUCAUAAACAUGAUAAAAUCACAGCUCGUGUUUCCACACGGACAUGAUUAGCAGGGAGUAGUGGGAGGAGCUUGUUUGCAGCAUCUUCUUCAUCAUCAGUGUUGUAUGUCAUUGAAGAAUAAACGUUGGUGUGUGUGUGUGUGUGAUGCUCAGGCUUCAGUGUUGACUUCUCUCCUCUCAUCAUCGCACGAAGGGUUGCGCCCACAUGGGCAGCGUUCUGGCCUUGUCUUCUGGUCCAGGCCAUCAGAACUGGCCUUUCUCCACAGAUCCUCCUCCUUCUCGCUGGAACUCACAUCCUGCUCACUGGGACAGUCCUCCACGCUGGGAGAGGAGAGAUGGACGCCUGCCCAACCCAGGCAGCUUUCAUUCCCUGCACAGGAGCUGCAAAGAUGUUUUCCCUCAGCAGAUUGAGGGAGUUAAGAUGAUCCUGAAUAAAACUCUCAGCAGCUUCUUUAAGGUGAGUCACAUGCUGCAUCUCAGUGCUGUUAGUCCUUCAUAUUAUCGUUUCCACGUGGAGCAUCUGCAGUCUGACGAUGACAGCAAAGACAAGGACGCCCCGGCAUUGAUCGGAGAGAUGGACUCUUCAGGGAGUCUGAACGCUCACGCUCUGCUGCACGUCACCGAGCGUGUCCGAGCCAGGACUGUCUUCCAGACUCAGCAGUCUCAGUUUGUCACCUGGCAGUUUGAGACUGAGUUCAGAGGGAACGACUUCACUGCUGCUGUGACUGUAGCCAACCCAGACGUCCUCCGAGAGUCAGUUAUCCUCGUGGCACACUUCCUGCAGAGUGUGUCUUCUGGUCUGGUGUUAGGAGGGGAGCUGGUUUACCAUCGGGGCAGAUCAGAGGAAGGAGGAAUCCUCACGCUGGCUGGACAGUACUCACGACCAAACUGGGUGGCAACACUGAACGCUGGCAAAGGAGGAGCACAUGCGAGCUACUAUCACAGAGCCAACAAACAGAUUCAAGUUGGAGUGGAGUUUGAAGCGAGUACCAGGACACAAGAGACCACCACCUCGUUUGGGUAUCAGAUGGAACUCCCAGAGGCCAACAUGGUGUUUAGAGGUGAAGUUCUUUCAGAGGUCAGACAUAUUCAUGAUGCUUUCAUUCUAACCCUCUCUCUGUGUGCAGGGAUGAUAAACAGUCGGUGUAUAAUCGGCGGCGUGUUGGAGAAGCGCCUGACUCCGCUGCCUGCCACCUUGAUGAUGGGAGCCUUUGUAAACCACAGAGGUGACAAACUGCAGGUGGGCCUCGGGGUCACUGUGGGAUAAUGGUCCUUUACGGACCACAAUCCAGACUGUUCAAGAGUCCUCUGAGGUUCAGCAGCCUCGUGGAACCACUUCAGUGUUGUGGAUUUGUUUUGAGGCCCACAGUGUUUCCUCAGAUCGAUGCAUUUUACCUUGUAAUCUACCUCUCAGGAUGGAGAUGAUGUUUGUGACUGGAUUACACAGACUGGAUUACACAGACUGGAUUGAGAGAAGUCUCCCUGAAACCAGACUGCACACAAAUAUACAACAUACAAUACUGUAAACUGAUCAUAGAUUAGAGAAUAAUGUUUUAUACUCUAGUUAGUCCUAAAGAAACUGUCUUUUUAGAUGACAUUCAAACAUAGCAAUUUUAAAGUUUGAAUAAAUAAAAACUAUUAUUAAUGUUUUACUAACCUGUAAAAUGAUCGUUUCCUCCUGCACAUCCUGGUUUAAUAUAAAACAUGAUCAUUCCCGGGUUACGAACAUGAGUGAGGUUUGAAAGAAGUGCUGCCCCCUGCUGGACCGUGUGUUAUUACACUAACAGAGAAAAUGAUUCUCACGGAAAUGUCAGCUUUGUUUAAAUGUGUGUGUAAGAGGACGUGUGGAUGAAACUUUGCUGCUUUCCACUCCCAUGAAACAAAUGAAUGGCUCAUGUAUUAUUUAUAUAUUAUUUAACAUAAGAGAAUCAUUGUCUUUUUGCACUUCAUUUAAUAAAGAUGUUAUUUCUCUUA